ACAAGAAGGUUCGCUUGCUCUGUCCACGGCUGAGUGAGCGGCACCCUAAAAUCUGUGGCGGGUACGAUGCAGCUCCUAGUGAGGGUGCCCUCUCUUCCCGAGCGAAGCGAGCUGGACUGCAAUAUCUGCUACCGGCCCUUCAACCUCGAGAGCCGCGCGCCCCGUCGCCUACCUGGCACGGUGCGCGCCCGCUGCGGCCACACGCUCUGCACCGCCUGCCUGCGCGAGCUGGCGGCGCGAGGCGACGGCAGCGGUGCGGCCGCGCGCGUGGUGCGCCUGCGCCGCGUCAUCACGUGCCCUUUCUGCCGCGCGCCCUCCCCGCUUCCGCGUGGCGGCGUCACGGAGGUCGCUGUGGACCCAAGCCUAUGGUCACGACUGGAGGAAAAAGCGCGGGCUGCGCGCGAGCGAAAUGAGGCGGGGAGCCUGGCCAAGGAAAGCGGCGAAGGAGAGGCAGACGACGAGGAAGAGGAGUGCGAGGAGGGGGCGGGCCCUAGAAGCGCGGGGUGGCGCGCGCUCCAGCGGCUCUGGGAUAGGGUCCUGGCGCCCGCGCGCCGCUGGUGGCGUCCGCUGCCUAGCAACGUGCUCUACUGUCCAGAGAUCAAGGACAUUGCCCACGUGACCUGUUGCACGCUGUAACCGAGUAAUCCGGAAGCUAUGGCAGAAGAAAAGUGGGAGCUGCAGCCUCAGGCGUGUUUUAGUACAGGGGACUGAUGUCAAGACUACCCCCUCCGAUCCCGGUAUUGGCACGUGAUGGAGUUGAGCCUGGGCAGAAGGAAACGCCCUGGGAGAUGUUGAUGCUGAGCUGGGAGCCUCCUAGACAAACUCGCCCCCAUCUACUGAUUGCCAGCAUUACAUUUUCAGGCCCAGGGAUGAUAUAAACAAAGCCUACAUUACUGUGGGAAGAAAACAGACUGUUUUCUUAGCUGUGGCUUUGGCUUUUGUCCAGGGCCGCUGUGGUGUGUGGGAGCAACAGGUCCCAUUUUAGCAGUUGUCAAUGGUUUGAAUAUUUUAAAAAGAUGGAAUGAGAAAGAGGCUAAUUUUCAUGGCAUGUUAGAAUUUCACUUCUCUGGCAUGUAAGGAUGCUAGUAUGCCUGUUGUCUCUCUACUCCUAGUUCUGUUCCAGAAAUUAUUGAGAUGCCUCCCUGCCUAUGAUUAGGUCCUUGCUUCAUUUCACAAUCUCUCUUCAGUCUGCUAGGGCAGGUAUUCGAAGGGCCAGAGCACAUCAUAUGAGACACCUAAUUAGGGUUUAUCAAGGGUAGCUCAGUGGUAGAGCGCUUGGCUCGCACGCGUGAGCCCUGGGUUCGAUCCUUAGGACCAUAUAAAAAUAAAUAAAGAUAUUGUGUCCAUCUACAACUAAAAACCUUUUUUUCAGAAGACGAAAGGAGAGUCAUUUGGUAAAAUCAUCAAAAUAUAAAACUUUAUAUUAUCUGUAUUUUUCAUAGUCACAGGGACACCCUGGCACUACUGAAAAAAGGUGCUUUUAUAAUUUUAAACUUGUGUCCUGUAAUGAAAACCUUACCUAUUGCAUGCUGUGAAUGCUAUUUUAUUACAUACCUAUAAAUAUCUUAAGAGUAGAGUCAUGGUCAAGGACCAGCAGUGUUGGUGUCAGUGUGGAGCUUGUUGGAAGUGUAGAAUCUCAAGAUCCCAAAUUUACUGAAUUAGAUUCUGAUUCUGUGUGAUCUGUGUGCAUGAAAAGUUUAAGAAGUAUUGGUCAAGAUCCUAGACACUCUAAGAUAUCAUCUGUGGACAGAUGAUUUAAAACACAAUCCAUGUACUAUCUUAUUGAAAGGUCUAAAUAUCAUUCUAUUGCUGAAGAAGUUAUUGUAUUACAUUUUUUCUGAGUUAAAAAUGUGAAUUUAAGCUGGGUGUGGUGGUUCAUACCUGUAAUCCCAGCUACUCAGAGGCUGAGACUGAAAGACGUUGAGACUGAAGGAUGGCAAAUGCCAUCUACUCCACCUCAAAAAAGUGACAAGUAUGGAUCCUGGUUGUUUAGCUUUGUCUCUAAGCUUUAUUAUUAUUGACAAGUUGUGAAAGUAUCCAUUUAUUUUUAGACUAGAAACUUUGUGUGUGCUACUAGGGAUUGAACCAGGCACUCUACCCUUGAGGUACAUCUCCAACCCCCCCCCCCUUUUUUAAUAUGUUGAGGCAGGGUCUCACUAAAUUGCUGAGGCUGGCCUCCUCAGCCUCCUGAGUCACUGGAAUUACAGGAAUGCUCUACACCUGGGUAAAUCUCCAUGUUCCUGGAUUUAUUUUGCUUGUUUUGCAGAAUUGGGGAUUGAACCCAAGGUACUUUACCUCUGAGCUACAUCCUCAGCCCUUUAU